AAAAAAAAAGUCUUUAGGGGCGUGGCUACUCGAGACUAGAUUCGGAGUUGGAGCUUAAAGGGAUCAAGGGAAGAGCAGUGUUAAAUUUCGUUGCUUUAUGCUUUGAUUAAUCGUGACUACAGGAUAUUUUUCACGUCGGUAAAAUGGGAAACUGUCACACUGUUGGACCAAAUGAGGCUCUGGUGGUUUCAGGUGGCUGCUGUGGAUCAGAUCAGAAGACGUAUGUCGUCGGAGGAUGGGCUUGGGCCUGGUGGCUCAUUUCUGACAUUCAGAGGAUAACGCUUGAGAUUAUGACCCUGCAGCCCAAGUGUGAGGAUGUAGAAACAGCGGAGGGUGUAGCUAUUACGGUCACUGGGGUGGCUCAGGUGAAGGUGAUGGUGGACGAUGAACUGCUGGGCUACGCCUGUGAACAGUUCCUGGGCAAGUCGGUGACGGAGAUCAAGAGCGUCAUCCUGCAAACGCUCGAGGGUCACCUGCGUGCCAUUCUUGGAACCCUCACCGUUGAACAGAUUUACCAGGACAGAGACAAGUUUGCCACUUUAGUGCGAGAGGUGGCAGCUCCUGAUGUUGGCCGUAUGGGAAUCGAGAUCCUUAGCUUCACCAUUAAAGAUGUUUAUGAUAAAGUGGAGUACCUGAGCUCCCUGGGUAAAACUCAGACCGCUGCUGUCCAGAGGGAUGCAGACAUYGGCGUGGCCGAGGCAGAGAGGGAUGCUGGCAUCAGGGAAGCCGAGUGUAAGAAGGAAAUGAUGGACGUCAAGUUUGUCGCAGACACAAAAAUGGCCUACUCAAAACGAGAGCUAGAGAUGCAAAAAGCCUCCUUCAACCAGGAAGUCAACACAAAGAAAGCAGAGGCUCAGCUGGCGUACGAGCUGCAGGCGGCCAAAGAGCAGCAGAAGAUCCGUCUGGAGGAGAUUGAGAUCGAGGUGGUGCAGAGGAAGAAGCAGAUCCUGAUYGAAGAGAAGGAGAUUGACCGUACCGAGAAGGAGCUCAUCGCCACAGUGAAACGACCCGCUGAGGCCGAGGCCUACAGGAUGCAGCAGGUGGCUGAGGGACAGAAGACUAAGAAAGUGCUAACAGCGCAGGCAGAAGCUGAGAAGAUCCGCUGUAUCGGUGAAGCUGAGGCUGCCUCCAUUGAAGCGGUGGGAAAAGCCGAGGCUGAGAAGAUGAGGCUGAAGGCUGAAGCCUACCAGCAGUACGGAGAGGCAGCCAAGACCGCCCUGGUCCUGGAGGCUCUACCCAAGAUCGCCAGUAAAGUGGCCGCUCCGCUGUCUAAGACCAACGAGAUCGUCAUCCUGAGCGGUGAAGGCAGCCGUGUGACCGGAGAGGUGACCCGUCUGCUGGCCGAACUCCCCGUCUCUAUCAACGCCCUGACCGGCGUGGAUCUGACCAAGAUCCCCCUGCUGCAGAAGAUGACCAGCCCACAGUGCCAAGCAGCCAUGUGAUGGAAGAAACAAGCGGACCCGGCUCUCGGCUCUGCCUCAAAGCAUGAAGAGAUUUUCCAAACGGAGAGCUUUUUGUGAAACUGCCUUUUAACCAGAAACUCUUGAUAUCAACCUUGAGAUUGUUGUUUUGUUCUGUUUUGUUUGUCUAUUUUUUUAAAAAGAAGUUUUUAAUUUUUUUAAAGAAAAAAGAAACGGGCCCGGACUGAACACGUCCUUGUUUUUGUUCAGUUGGUCCUCGCCGUGUUGCACUAGUUGGCAAGAUUCGGUCCUGCGGGUCUUAGAAGAAACCCAGCUGGGUGUCGUACCCCUCUCUGAUUGGAUCUGUUUGUCGGGCGUUCUGACAUUUAUUCACAGCAAACUUCCAACUUCUUGUCCAAGAACCCAAUUGGCAAAGUAGCUUACAGGAAACCAAGCAUUUCUUUGUGUUUAGCUGAAAACUGGGUUCCUAAAAUUAGUUAGACAUUUAUAGCUUCAUAUAUUUUAUUAUAUCCUCCUCUUUCAGUAUAUUCUUAACGCUGUGUUAUAGUGGUGACCUCGCAGUAGACCGUCCUGUUGCCUGUCUUGUUCUAACGUUCAGUGCCUGAUAACGAGUCCAAACCUUCGUUCAGUUGGAUUUCUGUCUGAAUAUAUCUGUGUUCUGGCUGGAUGAUGUUUUAGUGGUUCUUUAAUCAUCACUUGUGCUUUCAGUGCUGGUUUUAUAGCAGCGCUGCUGUUUAUUCUUCUCUUUUGUCACGUGUUUACCGUUAAGUAAACACAAAGCCAUGUAUAGCCUUAAAGGAGACCCUGGAGCUCUGCCAGGGCUGCCGAACCUUUCUGUAUUACCUCAAACAGCAACUGCUAGACUGUCAGGGUCUGAAAUCAUUUUGUUCAUUCCUGCAUCCUGUUAGUCCUCCUGUCUGUCAGGACGUGUCCCGCGUUUUUCAAAACCUUUUUUUUUUUAUAUUGUAACAUCAGAAGGAGUUAACAUCCGAAAUCAUCUAAGGUGCUGCACGUCUGACUUCUCUYGGUUUGUGUCCCCGGAGCAGAAGUUCAGGGUUUGGUUGGACAACAAGCACGUUGGUGAGUCUGAGCUCAGCUGGUUUUCAGUUUGAUGGAUGGGAUGUGAAGCAGGUGCGCAGCAUGGAGAUAAAUCAGUCGCAAAAGCAGUCACACAAAAUAAAGAUACUCACAAGAUUCAGUUUUUUUUAAUGUGCACAAGUAGGAAUAUUCUGCACAGAUUGUUAAAUACCUGCUGAGGACGGAUCUUGUCUGAGAAUUUAACUUUCAAGCUUUUUUGUUUACCACUGAUUCACAAAUGUAAUGCUGCGUUCAAGGCCUGCUGAAAAGCUGGGACAUCUGAUCACAGCAAACCUCCAGCUUCAGGAACUUAUAACCAGUAGAUUAAAACACGCUUGCGUUGAUGUUACUGGAGUGGAAAAAGUGUACAUUUAAAAAACUGUUCAUGCAUUUGUGAAUCUUUAACUCUUGUACAAAUAUGUGACUAAUUUCUCUCCGUAGAACAGGCUGGGUCAAUGUGCAGCAAACAGUUUUAUAAAAGUAUUUUAUUAAACGGGUUAAAACCUAAACUGGUUGUAAUUUUCCCCAGUUUAUUUGUUAUAUUUUAUCCUAACCAUUCUGGUUUUAAAGUCAUGCAUACUGAUUCUUAUCGAUCACUUUUUCAAUAGUUUUUUUUUUUUUUUUUGGAAGAAACCUUGAAGAUUUGAGCAGAUUUUUAACCAGAUUAAA